GUACAAACAGUAAUGUUAAUAUAUAUCAGUUAAACAUUAUUUACACAAUAAAAAUUAUGGACGUUACUUAACUCAGCAGGCUUGUACGUGCUCAGGUUGAGUUUUGUACCAGAAUCCACAAUUAUAGAUGAUUGAUAGUUCCAGUAAGACUGUUGUCCUUCCAGUGAUAUUACCAAAUGUAGAAUAUGAUCUAAAUUUGGUUGCAGUCUAUAAAUGUAGACAGUAGGUGAUUUAGAGUUCAGUUAUCACAAUCACGAGCAGUGGAGAACAACAUAAUAGAUAAGUAUAGUGAUAUGAUUAAUCAUAAUUAUGAAACAAAUAAUUAUUCUUUUUAUAGAAUAAAUUAUGGUCGUCAGUGGAAUAUUGAACAUGCAUCUAAUUUUAUUCGAGACCUGUCCGUUGGAUAAACCUAUUUCCUAUUGUUGAUGAUCACACCUAGAAUUGAAAUUAUUAACUUACGCUAAAAAACGUCCAACGCAUUACUCAAUCAGCUAAAUGCAACAACUAGAAUUUCCUAAAUUGUCUCAUUGUGAAAAAGAAAACAUAUUCAUAAAGAAUUUCUUAUCUACUCAGUCAACAAAUUCUAUAUUUUAUGCAUUUAAUAGUCAAGCUGCUAAAAAUGCAGUACAUUUUGCAAUAAAUCUUAAUGAAGAUAAUAAUAUAUCAAUUUCAAAAAUACUAUUUCUUGAUAGUUAUGUUAACAUGUCAACCGGUGUGAUUUCAUCAAUUUUACUAAAUCAAAUUUGUGGACCAUAUCCAACAUUUUCCGAAUUAUAUAAUGAUAUAUUUGAUUAUAUUAUACAUACCUAUCUUUUACCUAUAUUAAUGAUUUUUGUGUUAAUUACUAAUUUCUUUGUUUGUUUAGUUCUUAGUAAACCACAAAUGAGAUCACCUGUUUUUUUCUUAUUAUUUCUUAUUGGUAUUGUGGAAUUAACAAAUUGUUGUUUACCAUUACCAAUGUAUAUUGCUCAAAGUAUUUAUAAACGUACUGCAUGGUGGACUAAUUUACCAAUUAAAAAUUUUACAAUUACUAAAAAUUUACUUAAUAAUACAAAUUGGGAAUUAGCACCAUAUGAUUAUUAUCAAACUAGUGAUAAUAUAAUUGCUAGUGAAGCAUCAGCUUGGUCAACAGUAUUUCUUCCAACUAUAACACAUACAAUAUCAGUAUGGUUAACAGUUGCUUUAGCUUUACAACGUGUUAUAAAUUUAACAACAUUUAAUUUAACAUCAAAAAUAUGUAAUAUAUCUUCUACAGGAAAAAUUUUCAUAAUCAUAUCAUGUAUGGCUAUUACUUUACAUUGGCCUUUAAUAUCUUCAAGAUUUAUAUUAUUUCAACCUAUUCAAUUGAAAUCAUUUAUAGUUGAAAAUAGUUUACAUGACAACAAAGAAGUUAAUUCAAUUCGUUGUCUAUUAAACAUUAUAGAUAAUUUACCUAAUAUUGUAAUGAAAUGUCAUUUAAUUAAACCAGUAUAUAUGAUAUUUUAUUUCUAUGCACGAAUUGUAUUAAUACAUAUAUUACCAUGUGGAAUACUUAUUGGAUUAACUAUAAUACUUGUUAUAAAAAUGCAUAGUAUCAUUAAAUUAAGAACACGUCUUGGUUUAAGACAAAAAACGAAUACCCAUAAUAAUAAUAAUAAUGAUAAUACUAAUAUUAUAUAUACAUCGACUUCUAAAAAAUCCUCUAUCAAUCCUCAAGCAAUAUCUCGUAUGCUUAUUGUAGUUUUAUUAAAAUUUAUAGCAAUGCAUUUACCAAAUGCUAUUGUUUUAACUAUAUAUGUAUUAAGAAGAAUGUGGAAAGUGGAGAAUUUCAUACAAAUUAACAAUGAAGAAACAUUGAUAGAGACAACAAACACCAUAACCACCACCACCACCACAACAACAACAACAACAACAACAGAAGAAUUGGAUAAUAAACAAAUUUAUUUAACAUUUGAAUAUAAUUAUACAAUAAAUAAAUCAAUUAAUCUUUUAGAAACUAAUCAAAAUAUACAAUUUAAUAAAAUUAAUUAUCCUAAUAUUACUGAUGAUUAUUUAGGUAAAGCUGUACUAUUAUGUAAUCUUGUUAUACUUGUAUCAUAUCAAUUAAAUUUUGCCAUCUAUUAUAUAAUGUCUACACAAUUUAAAGAAACAUUUAAUAAUUUAUAUUUUAUUAAAUAUUUCACUAUGAUAAAUAGGAAUUAA